GUAACUGAAGGCACCACCCUGCAGUCAGGAGGAGUCUUUCACUCUCAGCACAAACACCGUUAGUUAGUUCCUCCUGAAGGCUUAGUGUAGUGUAGUGUAGCUGAUCCUGCACCUCUGUGGACUAUCUGAAUCUUCAAGUUAAAAACUUGAGCAUACAGGUUUGUUUCUCUGUCCCAACAGCCUUUCAUCCCUGAAGGUCAGUAAGUCAAUUCCCCCUCUACCAGCUUCAUUAUGAAUGUGUCCCAGACAAUGGAGACAGAGGAGGAUCUCCUAACUUGUCUCCACAUCAAGCUUUACCACCCUCAGCAGAGUUGUAAGGGCCUUUACGGGCUGCUUCCUCUGGGGAAAAGGAGCAGGCUCUCAGCAGAUGACCCUCUCAGGCUGGGACGUGACGCCCCGGCAUGCACCUUCGCCCUGGUCGACGUCCGGGUGUCCCGGAAACAGCUGGCCCUCCACGCCUACCGCACACCCCAGAGCCCGGACAUGCUGUUCACCAUCCAGAACUUGAGCCAGAGGGGACGGCUGUCAGUGAACAGCUCGGCCCUGGGCUACCUGGAAAGGAUGGACCUCCCGGACAAGGCCCUGAUCCGGUUCGGAGAGUACGAGAUGCUGAUCAUCCGUGAGUCUGGCGAGGCCAAGGGGAGCUUCGAGGUGGAGUUUGAGGUGCUGGCAGUGUCUCCGUCCAGAGAGACAUGCAUGUGUGUGCCCAGUAGGACACCCGUCAUGGAUACGGGUUCUGGUGCGAUGAGAAGUUUUCCAGCUGAACUCAGAGACCUCGGCCCCCUGGAGACUGAUGAGACUCUCAUGUGUCCGUCAUGAUGAACUAUGACUGCUAAAUGGGAUGCUGGGACUUUCUUUUACCUUUUUACCUCUGACUCGCAUUUGAAGGCAACACAAAGUACUGUGUAGUUGUUACAUUAGAUUUCAAACUUUUGUUUAGAUAAGAUCCCACUUUGUAAUGUCAAAUCAUAGUAUUACGUUUUUUAUUACCCUAUGUAUACGUAUUAUGUAUCUCUAACUCUGUGUCUACAGAUGAAAAAGCUGUGAUUUUAAUAUAACAACACCUGGUUUUAGUGUUAUAAAUAGUUAAAGCUAUUUAUUUAUAUAUAUUCAACCUAAGUGCAUUAAAUACUCUUUUUGUAACAUGUUA